GGAGAGGCGGCCAGCACAGCACCGCACAGCGCAGCGCAGGCACCGCCCCAGUUAAAACGGGGGGAGAGAGCGGGUGACGGCCGUGCCACUCGUGUUGACCCACCCCACCCCACCCCCGCCCCCCACGUCAAAACCAAGGCGGCGGCAGCGGGGCGGGAGAGCGGGGAGCACCGACCGACACCGGCCGACAGGGUGGGCUGCAUGCGGAGCUGAGGCGAGGCGAGGCGAGGCGGGGAGAGAUCCGGCGCGGGUGCCACCGCCGGCCGGCCGCGGGAGAUCUGGUUGGUGGCGCCGCCCGGAUAAGGGAGAGGCGGCGAGGGGAGAGCAGCCGGGGGAGACCGAGGCGAGAGGAGAUCUCUCUCGUCCCUCUUCUCGCUCCAUGGAGACCGGGGGUAGCAAGCGGGAAGGAGACUGCCCCGGGCAGGAAAGGAAGAAGAAAGUGCGCAGGAGAAGCACUGGUCCUGAUUCGGUUGCUGAAACCAUCAAGAAGUGGAAGGAGGAAAACCAGAAGCUCCAGCAAGAGAAUGGAUCCCGGAAAGCACCGGCCAAGGGUUCCAAGAAAGGGUGCAUGGCAGGGAAAGGAGGUCCAGAGAAUUCAAACUGCGCUUACCGCGGUGUGAGGCAGAGGACGUGGGGGAAAUGGGUUGCUGAGAUCCGUGAGCCCAACCGUGGCAAUCGGCUGUGGCUUGGUUCAUUCCCUACCGCAGUCGAAGCUGCACGUGCAUAUGAUGAUGCGGCAAGGGCAAUGUAUGGCGCCAAAGCACGUGUCAACUUCUCAGAGCAGUCCCCGGAUGCCAACUCUGGUUGCACGCUGGCACCUCCAUUGCCGAUGUCUAAUGGGGCAACCGCUGCGUCACAUCCUUCUGAUGGGAAGGAUGAAUCGGAGUCUCCUCCUUCUCUUAUCUCAAAUGCGCCGACAGCUGCGCUGCAUCGGUCUGAUGCUAAGGAUGAGUCUGAGUCUGCAGGGACCGUGGCACGUAAGGUGAAAAAAGAAGUGAGCAAUGAUUUGAGAAGUACCCAUGAGGAGCACAAGACCCUGGAAGUAUCCCAACCAAAAGGGAAGGCUUUACAUAAAGCAGCGAACGAACUCGGGAUAGCGCUUAGGGUUGGCAUUAAAUUGAGGCAUAUUAGGAAGUCAUAUUUCUGCAGGUCUUACUAUAUAUUGAAUUGCUGUAGAAAGGUGCAGCCACACAGACUUACUGAUUUGUGCCCACAAAACAGACUGGCUGAAAGCAGCCUUGCAGUGGAAGACAGAGGUCAAUCCACUGGCCAUUCAAGACGAAGUGGUUCAUCAUCGUUAAGAAGUGAGCCAUUUCCAACUAUUUAUUCCGAACAGCACAAGAGCAUGCCUGGAGAUGGCGGACCCAUUAGCAUUCAGAAAGAAGGUCCAGCUUCGAGACAAUUAAAGGUGAUCCUGUCUGUGAUAAGUCCACUUUACAACCAACUAACCAGAUGGUUUAAUGUACCCCCUGAGCCACCCAACCGGAAAGCAGAACAAAAUCCGGCACCAAAACCUUCUGAGCAAGCAGACAACGGACAUGCUGGUGCUCAAGUGGAUGCCACAUCAGCUCUGACUAGUCAAAUACUCAAAUUGGAUAUCAAGUCACGCAGAACCACCAACCAAUCAUUCAGGGGGGUUAAGCAAUGCCCAGUUCAGAAACUUCAGAGACUGCCAGAUGGGUGCCAUCCUGAUUUUGACAAUGACCAUUUAUAUUGUGUCAACAAGCUCCUGGAGUCCUGGUCUAAAUCUCACGGCUCUGUUCUUGUUGAUGAUAAGGAACAUAUAUUAAAGACCAUCUUAUUCACAAUGGUUGUGUUAGCUGAUGCUCGCCAACCUUUUCUGAUUGUCACUACUACCGCUUCUCUCUCCUUAUGGGAGGUUCAGUUCAAUAAAUUAGCACCACAUAUCAAUGUUGUUGUGCAUGAUGGGCGGAAAGACAUGCUCAAGUCGAUUCAAGCUCAGCAGUUCUACGAGAACGGAAGCCACAUAACGUCACAAGUUCUCUUAUCCCAUCCUGAGGCUAUCUUAGAGGACAUUGAGCCUAUUGCGCGUAUUGGUUGGGAGGCAAUCAUAGUUGAUUAUUAUCAACACUUGGCUCUAAAAUAUCUGGAACAGCUGAAGCAACUUUGUACUGGUUUUAGAGUGUUGCUUGUGAGCUCCCCAAUUGAGGAUAUCCCUGAGUACAUGAACAUGCUAGCUUUCCUUAAAUCGGGACAGAAAGAUAAUAGCGGCUAUGUUGACACUGCUGAUGCCCUUGAGAUGUUAAAAAGAAGAUUUGCACAUCAUAUUGCAUAUGAGCGCAAAGCAGAUUCUUCAAAAUUUCUAGAGCACUGGGUUCCUGCUUACAUUUCACAAGUGCAGCUAGGUGUCUAUUGUUCCAUUCUGCUUUCAAAUUCAUCUGUCCUCCAGUCUAAGAAGAAAGCUAAUAGUGUUGAAGCUCUUCGGGACAUUCUCUUGUCUCUCUCAGAGUGCUGUAAUCACCCUUACCUCCGUGAAUGUCUGGAAGCUUCACCUGUCAACAAUCCCGAUAUGACCGAAACAGUAGAUAUUGGAGUGCACGCAAGCGGCAAGCUACUACUUCUUGACAAAAUGCUUAAAGAGAUCAGCAACAGGAGGUUGAGAGUCAUUGUUCUUUUUCAGUCUGGUGGAGCAGGUGCAAACCCAAUGGGUGACAUUCUGGAAGGUGUUGUGUGUCACAGAUUUGGCCCCGAGUCUUAUGAACGUGUCAAAUGUGGUGCGGUGAUGUCAAGUAAACAGGCGGCAAUUGAUAUGUUCAAUGACAAGACCAAGGGAAGAUUUGUUUUACUGAUUGAAAGUCGUGCAUGCCUCCCAAGCAUUAAGCUACUAUCAGUUGAUGCAGUCAUCAUAUAUAGCAGCGACUGGAACCCAUCUAAUGACCUGAAAGCUCUUCAAAGAAUCAACAUAGAGUCACAACUUAAGUAUGUGAGCAUUUUCCGAUUGUAUACUCCUUUCACAGUGGAGGAGAACAACUUUCUGCUUGCAAAGCAGGGCAGGCUUAUUGAUAGCAACAUCCAGGAUGUAAUGCACAGUUCAAGCCAUUCCUUGCUCAGUUGGGGUGCACAAUUUCUAUUCACCAGAUUUGAUGAGCUUCUGCAAGAUAGGUAUUCAAGUAAGCAUUCUGAAAGGGGCACCAAUUUUAUGGAUGAAGUGAUUUUAGAGUUCUUAACAAAAUUACCCACAAAUACAGAAGACAGCUCCAAAAUAAACAGUGUGUACAUAUCGAAAGCUAAUAUGAGUGGGGAGUUUUAUUCAAGAAGCAUUACUGUAAUUGGUGAAAAGGAGGGAAUGUCUAUGCUGGAUGGGGAUCCAUCUGUAUUUUGGUUAGAUUUACUGGAUGGAAAAUCUCCUUGUUGGAGCUAUAUAUCUGAGCUAACACAAUCAAUCAAUAGAAUGCUACAGAACAUAGAAGAACCAGCCCAAGUUGCUGCUGAAGAAACUGAUGAAGCUACCAAUGUGUCAGUCACACAGCAAAGAGAAUGUCAUGUGUCUGUCACACAGCAAAGAGAAUGCCAUGUGUCAGUUGAUGUAUUUCCCAACAUGGCUGUGGAGAGAAGAAUUGAUUUAGUGGAUGAUGUUUUCCCUUUUGGAGAAAAUAAUAUCCUUCAUAAACAACAAGCUGAGAUAUCAAAUUUAGUGACGCACUCACAGAAUAAACAAAUCCUGAGAAUUGGAGCAACUCAGAUAUGUGGAUCGAGCAUGCAUAUGCAACAAUUGAGAAAUCUGCCUGCCCAACAAAGUUUAGCAACCUUGCCCCAUCCACCUGCAGAAGCAGAGCCAGCAGGUAUUCCUGGCAUGGAGGCCAUGACAUGUUUACAGUCAAUGCAGUAUCAACCUACAGAGGCAGAAUGGGGAGGUAUACUGGGCGCAUUAGCAGCCCACGGUUCGCAGCCUGAAAUGCAACCAUCAACCUCAAUGCAGGAUGUUUUAUUUGAAAAGACUGAUCUGUCUGGCAUGCCUUUGCUAGGAAGUAUGAAUGCUCGUCAAAGUGUAGAACCUUCAUGGGAUCUGCACGCAGGAGAAGAACCAGCAUGCACUUUGGGCAUGGUGACAACUGAUAAGCUGCAGUCUGAAAUACAACAAUCAGCCACAGUACAUGAUCGGCCUGCAGAAGCAGAAGGAACAAGUACAUUGGGCACCAGGGCACUUCAGAAUUUGCACCCUGAAAUGCAAUCAUCAACCGCAAUGCAUCAUGUCCCUCUUGAAAGAGCACACUCUGAAGGCAGGAGCCAAACAGGAUUUCAGCCAAAUACAUCACCUGGUCCUGAGCAGCUCAGCCAACUCCUUUUUUUCGAGGAAGAGCUCAACCAAGUCCUAUCUGCUAGUGACCAGCCACUGGAAGAUAUGUCGGAAAUGUACAAACAUCACAUCAAUUUGCUUAGAGAAGCCCAUGAACAGAAGAAAUCACAACUUCAAAUAGAGUGUUACCGAGAAAUAGAAAAGGUGAACAGAAAGUAUUACUCAUUACUCCAAAAAGAAGAUCCCACUUUACUUCACAGCCAGAUGGGACUUGUUGAUAGCUACAAGGAAGCUUCUGUAAACAAAUCACCAGCUCAAGAUUUUCUAGGGGAAGUUGCACCAUCAUCUGCAGCUCAAGGGACAUCUGAGAGGCCUGCAAUGGUGCUGCCACCUAAGUCUUCACCAGCUCAAACCACAGCAUCACCAGGUGCCCCGCCAUACGACCACCAGUGAUAGCUUUGUUUCAUUCACCAGGAGGACCUUAUGUCCAGCACACAAUCUAUCAUACCUGGUGAUCUUUGCGGAGCAACAUCACCAGUUUAUAUUCCAGCAUCUCUGCUACAGGUGUAGGAGCACAUUCACCUCCUGCCGCUUCUCACCUCCGGCAGCACAUGGCCAAGUGGUGACAUGGAGAACUUUGCAUCGACAAGUCUAGGCAGGUUCCAGUUGACCUCCAUGAAAAAAAUGUUCGUGUUUUUGUAAGCAUGCUGAUGGAUGUCGAGGAACCUAUCAUAGUGUUUUUUCCAUUUCCUUUUAUUUUCUUCUUAUAGAAAAAGAGCUUUAAAACUGCUUUACACAGUUAAAGUUGCAUAGUCCCUCAAAAAAGAAAGUUGAAGUUACAUAUGAUUACUCCAAAGUUGUAGUUCUCGACAUGAUAAUCAUGGAAUUGAAUGCUGAUAAAAAAUGUAAGUAAAUGAAGAGUACAUAUAUGGAAUUUGAUGGGCUUAGAAGUCUUUUCAUAUUAGAGCUAUAGUGGCUGUAGCAUAAAGCUUUGUAGGCAUUUAUGGUUUUCAUCUUACUGCGUAACUGUUAUACUACUACAAGCCAACGGGUAGAAGAAGUUGCCCUACAUGUUGAGUUCAUGUGUACUCCCUCCGUCCCAAAAUUCUUGUCUUAGAUUUGUCUAGAUACGGAUGUACCUAAUACUAAAACGUGACUUGAUACAUUCGUAUUUAGACAAAUCUAAGACAAGAAUUUUGGGACGGAGGGAGUAGUAAAAACUAUCCAUAUUUAAAGAGCUUACUUUACUAUCCAUAUUUAAAGUGGUACAUACACGGAAUGUUGAGUUAAUUGUUGCAUUAUAGUUCCACGCGGCACAUGUGAUUACCAGAUUACCAACUCCCCCCCCCCCCACACACACACACA